UAUCUCUACCCCUCUCCAUAAACAUUAUAUGGAGACCCUUCACUUCAACCCCAAUUUAUCGUGUUAUCUCGUUUCUGUGAUGUGCUUAUGGCGAUGGGGAUGAAUCGGAUGAUGGCUCAAUAUAUGCUGGAAACAAACCUCAAUAGUAUCCAUGUUAUACGGCACCCCCCUAACCGAUUUCCAUUCAACCACGCCCAUUUAUCAUCAAUUUUUCAUACUACUAGACGACUCCAAUCAUUUUGCCUCCAUAAACCACCCUCAAAAGUCAAUCUUGAAUGCCUCUGCACCAACGGUAAAACUCCAAGUCCCGAUGCCAACGGAGCAACAAUAGCUCUACAAAUGAAAGACGACAACUAUCACCCGUUUGAGGUCCUCGAGAAGACUAUUCUGAAUACCCUUAAGGCUUUUCGUGAGCCGGCCGCUGCCGCCAUUCUUGCGGGGUUACUGUUUAUGUAUGAGCCGAAUUUUGCUUUGGCGGCAUCCGGCGGGAGAGUGGGCGGGGGGUCGUUUUCUGCUCGAGGCUCCUCCUCAGCUAGGUCUUAUUACUCGAUGCGGACUGAGGAGCCUAGGUUUUCGUACUCCUUGCCCUAUCAUGCCCCUUCCCAACUUGGACUUGAAGGAGGUGGGAUUUACAUAGGACCUGCUGUUGGUGUUGGUUCCACUUUCUUCCUUGUUAUGAUGAGCUUUACCGCUUUCAUUUUAGUCUCCGGUUUCCUAUCUGACAUGUCAGAGGGCAGUCUUCUCACUGCUUCUGCUGAGAAAACCAGUAUAUUUAAGCUUCAGGUUGGUUUAUUGGGAUUGGGUAGAUCACUCCAAAGUGAUUUGAACCGGAUUGCUGUAGUGGCUGAUACAUCCACACCGGAAGGCAUAAGUUAUGUAUUGAUGGAAACAACUUUAGCAUUGCUUCGUCAUCCUCAUUACUGCAUCUUAGCUUAUUCAUCUGUUGAUAUAAUGAAGAGCAUGGAACAAGGUGAAAAACUAUUCAAUCAGCUUUCAAUUGAGGAACGAGGUAAAUUUGAUGAAGAAACACUUGUUAAUGUGAAUAAGAUUAAAAGGAAAAGUUCAACAAGCAAGAGAGCAAGUGCAUUUAGUAAUGAAUAUAUUGUGGUGACUAUCUUAGUGGCUGCGAAAGGUUCAUAUAAGCUGCCUAGUGUUAAUGGUAGUGGAGAUCUGAAAGAAGCUCUACAUAAACUUGCCUCUAUUCCCUCAAGCCAAACACUGGCAGUGGAGGUUCUAUGGACCCCACAAAAUGAAAAUGACACACUAUCAGAGCGAGAACUUCUAGAAGAUUACCCUCUGCUGCGGCCUCUGUGAGACAUGUGAAUUUAACCCCCACAUUUGCUCAGAAUAUAGUUACUUGAAGACAUAGAUCAACUAUAUAAAAAUUACAGAGAAAAUGGUGUGGCACAAGAAUUAGCAAAUGAGCCUUUUCCAUAUUAAUUUACAAUUGCAUCUCUUUGAAUUUGUUCUGCUUUUCUAAUUUGUGAUUCUGCUCAUUUCUCUCUCAUCUACACAAUUCUCUAUCAUAAAACUUUUGCUUUUCUUAUUUCUCACCUAAUAUGAAGAUGACAAAUUUAAUUGGAGCGCGAG